GUGAAACCUAUUUCAAGGUCACGUGUACGGAAUAUUCACUGUAAAAUAAUCCGCUACGACCGCAAGUAGGUUGUCUGAAGUAUUUUCAAGCGAGACGUUAAUUAAAACCCGUUAGGUAAGGUAAGAUGUGUACCUGAUUGUUUACCGAUUGCGUUCACGUUGCUAUUCCUUAUCGGUGCACAAUGAAAGACGUAAGUGAAGGAAAUAAUAUCGUUAAUCAAAAGGUUGAGUCCAGACGGAGGCCUGUUGUGAAUAGUCUCGUUGAAACGUACGAAAAAUAUAACAGCCUUUCAAUACUUAUAGCAGUGGUUUCCGUGUUAACUAUUCUAAUAAUUGCUGGUGAUGAAUGUAGGCAAUGUUUCAGUAAAGUGGAAACAUUAAAAUCGAAUGAACAACCCAAAUAUAGUUCCAAAAAGUUUUGGAUAUACGAUAAAAUUCCGGACGGCGGUCACUUACACCAUGUCAAUGUUGUUCUAGACAGACUGGGUUACAAAAAGGACCUAAACACCAGUGAUUGGGAUUUAUUAUGGGCUCAUGCGUAUCCAUUUAGAACGCUGUACCAGCAACUAAAGAAUUUGAAGCCUCAUCAAAGAGUUAAUCAUUUUCCCGGAUCCGGAUACAUUACCACUAAAGUUGAUUUGGCCACCACAGAUUCGCAAUACAUUCCUCCCGCUUUUAAACUACCAGGUGACAAAGAAAAGUUACUGAAAUAUGCUGAACAAUAUCAGAACAGUAAGUUUGUGCAGAAGAACAACCAUCACAGGAACAUUAAGGUUGAAGAUAUUCAUCAUUUGGAUCUUGACACUGAAGGCACAUUUAUUCAGAAGUUUGUGGACAAUCCAUUACUUAUCAAUGGACAUAAAUUUGAUAUAGGAAUAUACACUGUCAUCACCUCAGUUGAUCCACUCAGGGUUUACAUUUACAACAGUGAAGCACUUUUAAGGUUCUGUCCAAAAAAGUACUUCCCAUUUGACCCCAGCAACCUGGAUAAAUAUGUAGUGGGAGAUGAUUACCUUCCGGUUUGGGAAGUUCCAGCCCUGGAUUAUUAUUACAACAAUUUAGGAUUUGGCAUGAAGGACAGUUUAAAUGCAUAUUUGAGGGUUCUUGGAAAGGAUCCGUCGGUCAUCUGGGAACAAAUCGAAGAUUCGAUACGCCAAUUAAUUUUAAUAAAAGAACCCCUCAUUUUGGACGUAUUAAAAAGGUUUAAAUCUAAAAAUAACUUCUUUGAAAUGAUGCGAUUUGAUUUCAUAGUGGAUGAAGAUUUGAAAGUGUUUUUGUUGGAGGCUAACAUGAGUCCAAAUUUAUCUUCGGCUCAUUACCCACCAAAUCAACUAAUUUAUGAACAAGUCCUUUACAAUGUUCUUGGUCUUGUAGGAAUUGGAGAGAAAAUUCAAAGAGACUCCCUUGCAGUAAGAAGCAAAGCUGAAGAGGAUAUGUUUGUGGCAGAUAAAAACAUUGCAGUCUUUCCCAGUAUUUGUAACAGCGCCCUAUGUCGAAGUAGCUGUGUUUCUCCUGAUUGUCAGCUAUGUAAAACUUGUCUGUCACCUGAGACUCGAGCGGACUUAGUCCGCGCCUAUAAGGAACAUGCAAAUCGUGGUGAUUGCAAACGUAUUUUUCCACCUCCAAUGGUGCAAGAAGAGGCGAAAAAAUCUAUUAAUUUGGAAAAUUACUCGGCCGAAAAUCAGUUACAUUAUAAAUGGUUCCAAGGUAAAUGUCUUUUGGACAAGUCUUGGUGUUGAUGUUGUGACCUAUGAACAUUUUAAAUAGAUUGACGUAAUUUUCACUGCAUUGUACUAUAUUAUAAUUUGCA